UAAACGAAGCAGUAAAUGAUUUCCUCAUUUGUAGUUAGUUCGGGAUAUGUCCUGGAUUAGUUUUUCUUGGUACCGCUACUUCUGUCUUAAUUUCAAGCGUCUUUUUGAAUUUUUUUCUUUGAGUUGAGAGAGAAAUGAUCAAGAUGGAUGUAGGAAGUUUCCAGAAUGUCAUUACUAUACCUGAUGAUGAUGACUCUGAUAAUGACAGUAUCAUUGUGGUUGGUCAGAACAGAAUGCGUUCACAUCGACUUGCAGAGUCAUCAGGUUCUGAAACAGAUAUAGACGAAGUGGAGCCAGAGAAUGCUGAUUCUGACAGCGAGACUGACCUCUUUGUGAGUUCAUCUGACGAAACAGACAUUGAUGAAGAAACACAGAUCCAUGAGAACAUGGUCACCAACGCAGCUAGUGGUUUUGUCCGGCCGAGUAUUAUCCAGGUACAACCUGUGCUUCCAACAUGGUCACAGCCUGUCACGGUACCAGUGCAGAGCUCUUCCAUGGGUCAGAACAUGGUCACUAACGCUGCUACAAGUUUUAUCCGGCCGAAUGUUAUCCAGGUGCAUCCAGCACUUUCAUCAUGGUCACAGCCUGUCACGGCACCAGUGCAGAGCUCUUCCAUGGGUCAGAGCACUUCCGUAGGUCAUCAUACAAUGGUGUUGUCGCAGCAAAUUCCAAAUCUGUCUGCAACAGGGCAGACAUCAUCAAAUGCCAUCCAAAGCACAUCCUCAUCUAUAGGUCAAACAGGAGAACUCAGAAAUCCUGGGAUUUUAUAUGUUGAUAUGUCGGACUCGCAGUCAUCAAAUGAAUCUCAGGGUAUGUUUGUAAACAUUCCAACUGUACACAAUCAACCUGUACACAAUCUACCUGGACACAACACACCUGUAGACAUCUCACAAACCUUGAAUGCCGACCCAAUAAUGUCAGCCCAGUUUAUGGUAAACCAACAUCGCGUUGAGGUCACGGAGAUGCCCAUGGAAGUAGAGAAUGUUUCAGCUGCAGGAAGUACAUCUGUGAAUGACUCUCUUUUGGAUUUUACAGCAAAAAAAGAGAAGAAAAAAGAGAGUAAAAAAGAGAGUGAGGAUAGCAGUGAUGAUGAAGGGCAAUGCUGUAUUAUUUGUUAUGAGCCGUGGGCAAAUUCAGGAUUACAUCGAGUAGCCUCCUUGAAAUGCGGUCAUGUUUUUGGUCAGAGUUGUAUUGAAAAAUGGUUGAGAGGUAAUUGUGGGAAGUGUCCACAGUGCAAUGCCAAAGCCAAGAAGGCAGACAUUCGUGUGCUUUAUGUCAAAGCGCUCAAAGUGCUAGACACGGCAGAACGGGAUCGAGCCCUGAGGGACCUUGACAGUGAAAAGACGAUGCGGAGGACUGCAGAGAUCAAGACUGAACAGUUCCGUUUGAAAUAUCAGAUGGCACUGGAGGAGAUAAAGUCGUUGAAGAUGAAGAUGAAAGCCCUUGAGAGUGGGACACUGGUAAACCAAAGAAGAAAUGCAGGGCAUUGUUCAACUGCUACAGUCAGUUCAGUACCUGAAAUUGUUGGAAAAUAUGUACUUCAGAAAACAAUUCAAGUAUCUGCAAAUGGUAAAUGUAGAGUAAUGACGUAUGACUGUACCUAUAAUGCCCUACUAGUGUCAUUACCAUCACCACAACCACUCUUUCCAGGCUUUGGUGUGAAAAAGAUUAGUGCAAUUGAUGCCAGCUGUGCAUAUAUAUCCAUACACAAGAAUUUUAUUCGAGAUCUUUGCUGUAACUCUCGCCAAGAUGGUUUACUUCUGACAGCAGGCGCCGAUAAGACCAUGAAGAUCACCAGCCUUAGUAGCUUCAACACAGUCCAGAUGUUCAAGUCUGAUCUACACUUUUGGGCAUGUGCGUGGAACACUAAUGAUGUGAACUACAUCUAUGGUGGUCUGCAGAAUGGGUCGGUGUUGGUCUACGACACUAGACAACCAAACACAGAAGUGCAAGUUUUAACAAAUGAGAACUAUUCAACACCAAUGGUAUCUCUUAUAUAUGUCCCCCAUGGAGAACAAUCCUCAACAAGUGGAUUACUAAUGAACACUCUAGAAACCAAUGGAUUUUGGGAAAAGAAGGAGGGCGCUGAGUGGUUCUGCCACAAUCUUGACAUGGAUAGAAAAUGCACUGGGAUGAGUUUUGAACACAACACCCAUCACCUGCUAGCCUCCUACCGUGCACAUGAUGAAGUGAGGAACACAAGACGGGUGAUGUAUAACUUCCAGUGCCAGACUGUUGGAGCUACUGAUACCAAGUUGGUGAGGUGUACCCCGGUUGAGACAUUCUAUGGUGGCUCAACUAUGAAACAGCUGACAAGAUCACGCCUCUUCCGUAGCCCUGUUGGACCUGAUAAGUUGUUUGCAUGUGGAGGGGAUGAGGCCAGUGGAUCGGCUCAUGUAUGGGAUGCAAGUAGCGGCAAGCUUUUGCAGAAACUUCAAGUUAAUGCCAAUGUUCUUGAUGUGUGUCCAUUUGAAUAUAACAACACAAGCUUUCUAGCAACCUUAACAGAAAAAGACCUGAAAAUUUUUAAUUGGCAGAAGUAGAUACAUAGUAGUGCUUUUAUUACUAAUCAGUCUUAAAUGUUAAAAAAAGUUUUGUUCAACAAAACUUUCACCCUGCUUGUGAGAGUUUGAGCAAUCGGUGAUAUACUCUGCACUAAAAAAAACUGCUUUUUAAUGGUCGUGUUUGAGCAAUCGGUGAUGGCCUGGUUUUUGUUUAUAUGUGAUGUAAGUUCUGUUGGGUUUGAUGAGUGGGUGUGUAUGUUUCCAAAUGUAAUCUCAGUUACCACAUCAUAAUCUUGUGGAAGAAUAAUAUAUAUAUAUAUAUAUAUUUGUAUUUCUCUUUUUUUAUUUGUCUCUUUAUUUUUUUCAUCCCCCAACUUUGAUUUUGCCAUCCAUAAUCAUGAUACAGAUUAUAUCAGAAAUAUAAUGCUGCAAUUGUUUUUUGACUGUAAAUAAAAUAUUGUAUUUUGUAAACUGAUA